AGAACUGCAAGAAGAGCACGGUGUUACGGUGUUGCUUCGAGAACUCCAAAGAACGCAACAAUUUCUAGAAUUUACAUCAGCUUUCGUGAAUCAUUCCAAACGAUAUAAACCCACGCUAUAAUACAUAUUCAACCAGUGUCACAAUAACUACAAGUUUGACUGGUUGGUUAACCUCAAAUAAGUUGUUAAUUCAAAACAUGGCUUCGAGUAAUCCUGGCGGUAACAAUCCUAUUGCUGGAGCCCCGACGUUCCCCAGCAGGAGUGAGGAUGUUCAUCGAAUGGCGGAGCAACCUCGGCAGCCACGGAAUUUACAGGGUCUCCUCAGGUUUGCUAUGGAAGCAACGAAGGCUGAAGAUGCCCCAGGGAAUUCAGAGUUAGGUCCAAUGGAUGAAGAGCGCAAGCGUUUCUUAGAAGAUGCCCUCAAAAGCCUCACAGUGGACGUAGCAAAGGUGCUACAAGAUGCCAUAGCUGUGCUGUCAGACGCAGACAAGAUACACAGUGUGCAGUUAGGGCAGUCGUUGCCCAAUGAGAUCAAUCAGGCCUUCACUAGCAUCAUGGACUUCAUUGAUGACAUUGACACCGCUAAUGAUUUCUACAAACUAGGCGGCUUCUCCGUCUUCCCCGUCUGCUAUGGCAGCGAAAACGAAGAAAUCCGCACCCGAGCCAGUGGAAUACUGGCAGAAUUGUGCCAGAACAACCCCUUCUGCCAGUCGCGAGCGUUGGAGAGCGGGCUGCUCAAUGUGUUGCUGGCUUUAGCGAGGACAGAGCGCGGGGAAGCGUUGGCGAAGUGUGUCGCUGCUAUCUCUUGUACAUGUCGUGAAUAUCCCCCCUCCUGCCGUGAGCUGGUGUCCCAGGGUGGAUGUGAUACCAUAGCCACCGUGUGCGGUGCUACAGACGUCCGGGCUAGGACAAAGGCCGCGCUGCUGGCUCGGCAUCUUUGUGAUCACUACCCUGAGGCCAGAGAAAAAUUGGCGCAGUUGAACCUCGUGAAGACAUUAGCAGAGCAACUGUCAGCGGGCAGGGAUGCAUCAUCAGAACACCUGCUGAACACAUUACUUACUCUUCUGGCUGACUUGGAUGAGAGGGUGUUGGCGCAGUGUAGGGAUCCUGGCUUAGGGCUUAAAGGUAUCCUAGAGAGGCACCUAAAACACCCGGAGCUAAAAGACGACACGUUCAGAGAAGAGGUGGACUACUGCCAAGAGAUCCUCUGCAAGGUGUUCCUGAACCGACCAGACGUGGUGCCAGCCAACGAGGAAGCGGACAGAUAGGAUUUCACAGACUCUUAGAGCCGGUGACUCUUAAUUCUUUAGGUUUUUUAGCUUUUUAUGCGUGUUUGCGGAUGCGAAAAAAACCGGCCAAGUGUGAGUCGGUCUCGCGCACGAAGAGUUUCGUAUCAUUACGCAAAAAACGGUAAAAAAAACAUGUUGUAUGGGAGCCCCACUUAAAUAUGUAUUUAUUUUAUUCUGUUUUUAGUAUUAGCGGCAACAGAAAUACAUCAUUUGUGAAAAUUUCAACUAUCUACCUAUCACGGUUCAUGAGAUACAGCCUGGUGACAGACAGACAGCGGAGUUUUAGUAAUAGGGUCCCGUUUUUACCCUUUGGGUACGGAACCCUAAAAAAUCCAUACUAAUAUUCCAUACUAGUCCAUACUAAUAUUAUAAAUGCGAAAGUGUGUCUGUCUGUUACCUCUUCACGCUUAAACCGCUGAACCGAUUUAGUUGAAAUUUGGUAUAGAGAUAGUUUGAGUCCGGGGGAAGGACAUAGGGUAGUUUUUAUCCCAGAAGUCAUCCUUUAAGGGGGUGGAAGUUUGUAUGGGGAAUUGUUAAAAAGCAGAUUGGAUAAAGUUACCCAAAUUACUAACUCCACGCAGAUGAAAUCGCGGGCAAAAGCUAGUGGUGUUAUAAAUGGACUUAACUUAUUUGUAUGUACGAGAGAGAGCUUUAAGAUCUAAUAUAAUGUUUUUUUUUUAUAUCA